AUGACAAAACCAGUCCCUUCACCGACCAUCCCUAAUCCCUCUGCACUCACCACCUUCGUCUCCUCCACUUCUACUCCAGUUACGACGACCUCCGCAACAACAUCUCAAGUUCUCCACAACCUCCAGCACCAACACUUAUGGACAUCCCUCAAAGUCCACGACCUCGAGUUAUCUUUUCCUAUCUCACUAAUAUCCGGGAUUCCGCCGCAUCGAGUCUACACGCACCCCGAUGAGCAGCUAUACAUGGUCGAGCGCGGCCUCCACGAGGAAGAUGUCGAAUUGGAUCGCAUGUUCGUUCUCCCCACGGUGCAGGGCCAAUCAUGGAGCUUGGAGAAAAUGGUAGCGGUAUUUGAUGCGCUUCCUGAUCCUGGAGACGAGGCGACGGAGUCCGAGGCUCAAUCUGCAGACGAAGAUGUUGCAGUCGGCGCGGAUGCGGACAAAGCGGCAAAGUUGGCGGAAUACUAUGAAUACCGCGCAAAGGCUCGUCGAACAGGGGAGUGGGGUGGGAAGAGACUGCUUCUCGCUAUGAUUGAUAAGGGUAUGGGUGGUGAGGGUACUGUGGUGUACUAUGUCGCUCAGGAGGGUACGGUGAAGCCGAGGCAGAACUAA